AUGUUCGAGGCGAAUGAUUCCGAGGGAAUCAUCAUUGGAACCUUUUUGGCCGGGCGCGCGCGCGCCAUAUACCGGCCACUUAUCGAGACACACAGGCACUGGGUCAAUGGAAGCCGGGCGCGCGCGCCCCGGGGUGACCAGUUGGCGGGACCCUUGGGGGGGCAGACCGGCAGGCGGCAGGAGGGAGGCCAGGGGCCGGCGCCGUUGGCCAGGACCGGCCCUGCGCGCGCGCGCGAGACGGCGCGAGUUGACCAAGUCCCCUUGCGGCCCAAGCAACGGGCGAACCUGAGAGGCCCACUUUGUAUGGGCGCGCGGGUUGACGCACGGACCACCCCAUACAAAACGGGCCCCCGCCAGCCAGGUCCGGACCCGGGAACGUUUGCCCGCACGAUGUCGGCCCGGUCGAGGUCGGUGGUUCUAUGUGGAAGGCGAGAGCCGCGUCACCUCUGGUGGCGUGCGAGCUCUGCGCCGGCCACUUCUUCCCUGCCAGGCAGGCCGCCUCUCUGUGACUGGUGGCGCACAGGUUCCCUCAGUUGGGCCUCGCUUCAGGAACGGGGCAGUCGCCCAUCCCAGCCGUGGUUUCUACUCUCGAGCGGCCGGCGCGCAGCGUCCUUGGUCGGGUCGUCCAGGCUGUCAACGGUGUUCGGAGCGUCCAGCAAUGGCGCGCCCGUGACCCCGAGACAUGCGACGGCGCCCGUCCCGGGCUCGUUUCGUGCCGUGCUUAAAAACGCCCGGGAGCCCCACAUCGCUGGGAUGACCGAAGCCCGGGGCCGUUUGGUCCCCGGCACCGAUGGAAUUCCCGGGGGAGCCGCCCCGCGGGAGCCGCCCUUUGUGGGCGUGUCCGCGGGUCCGGACCCCCACCCGAGGGCCUGGGGCAAUUGGAUGGUCGUCGUCGCUCCCCCGGUACGCCGGGGCGGUCGGCGCGGCCGGGCGACUCGUGUCGCCCCUUCUGGAUUCACCUACAUACACUCCGCCCCUCCGGGGCUCGUGGGCCCGGCGCGGUCAGCCCCGUUUGCGCGGUGGCCGGCGGCGCGGGCGCCCAUCAGGUAUUAG